AUGUGUAUAUUUCCUCCCAUUUCCUCAACGAAUUUCAUAAAGGAGAAUAAUCGAGUCCUCAUUCAAAGGAUGGGAAUGACUCUUAUAAAGCAAAUUGUGUAUGAGCUAUUUGUGUGGAAUGUUCUAAAUCAUGAAGAAAUAAAAAUCAUUUGCUUUGAGAAGGUCAAGCAGAAGGCUGUUAGAGGGAUCAUUCCCCUGAUUUUGAAGAAGGGCUCCGAAUCCUAUAACCUCUUUCUCAAAUCUCUUGAAAAGUAGAACUAUCCUCUUUUCUCUUCUCUUACUGGGCUUUUUCAGCAAAUAUCAGAAGAAGACUUAGAUGAUUUGACUUACAAUUUAAAGGAUUUAUACCAUAUCCCAUCUUUUUUGAACUUCUAUCCCCUGAGUGAAGAUAUUGACAUUAUUUUUAAUUCGAAAAGCACCUUUACAGAAGGUGUUCUAUGGAAGAAGGACCAUCACCAUUACCGAGUGGAGCAGCUGACCCCAAAUGGUCUGCUAGACACUCUUCAGAGCCCCUGCAUAUUCAAAGGGGAGUCAGGCAAAUGGAAGUCCACUCUGCUACAGCAAAUCGACACACUCUGGGCCUCUGGAAAGUGUGGGGCUCUGAUCAAGUUCAAAUUAAUCUUCUUCUUCCAGCUGAGCAGGGCUCAAGGUGGGAUCUUUGCAACUAUGUGGGAUCAACUCGUGCAUAUACCUGACGUAAUCAGGAAGCCGACUUUCCUGGCCAUGCUGCUGACACUACACAGAGUUCUUUUUCUCCUUGGCGGCUACAAUGAAUUCAGGGCCCAGAACUUCCCAGAGACUGAAAUCCUCAUAAAGGAAAACCACUGCCUCCAGAAUAUGGGUGUUGUUGCCCCCACCACGGAGUGCCUGAGGUACAUCAGGCAGUUUGGUGCCCUGAGUGCUGAGGGGGUUAUGACGGAGGACAGUGCCUAGACUCUCAUCUGGAAAGUGCUGACAAAGGAGCAUGCUGAAGGUUUGUUGCUCCAAAUUCAGAAAUCCAGGUGCUUGAGGAGUCUGAUGAAGACCCCUCACUUUGUGGUCAUCACUUGUGUCAUCCAGAUGGGGGAAAAUGAGUUCCACUCUAACACACAAACAACACUGAUCCUUACCUUCUAUGAUCUGCUGAUAUACGAAAACCAGCACAAACUUAGAGAGGGGGCUGCAGGUGACUUCACUCAGAGUCUGGAGUACUGUGGAGACCACGUUUUGGGGGGCGUGUUUUCCCACAGGUUUGAUUUCCAACUGGAAGACGUGUCCAGUGUGAAUGAGGAAACCCUACCAACAACUGGACUCCCCUGUAAAUACACAGCUCAAUGGUUCAAGCCCAAGUAUAAAUUCUUUCAUGACUCAUCCCAGGAGUACCUAGCAGGAUGCAGGGUCGGCAAUUCACUGAAGUCUCAAGAACCAGAGGAGGUGACCAAGGGAAGUCACUUGCGGAAAAUGGUUUUCGUUUCAGACUUUACAUCCAAGUAUAGCAACCUGCUUCCGUAUACUGGAUCAGCUACCGAAGCCACUGGGACUGUUUUGAAAGACUGUAGGAGUGUAUCAAGAGCAGCCUCCUCGGGCCUCGGGUUCUCCAACACUAAGAAGCCUCUCUGGAGGCAAGAAUCUACAAAUGUGAAAAACACCACCAUGCAAGAAACUCUGAAAGCCAUAAACAUCAAUUCCUUUACAGAGUGUGGCAUUAAUUGAUUCUAUGAGCAUAUAUACAAAUCAGACCUGACUAAAGAAUUUGAAGCUUCCUUUUGUGGUAAAAGCUUAUAUAUCAACUCAGAGAAUAUCCCUGAUUAUUUAUUUGACUUCUUUGAACACUUGUUUAAUUGGGUCAGUCCUCUGGACUUCAUUAGACUUAACUUCUAUGGAGAAGCUCUGGUCUCAUGGGACAAGAUCACAGGAGACACAAGCGGGCGUGGAGGAGAGUCCUCAGAAACCUACAUUCCAGCCAUGUCUUUGUUCUGCAACUGAAAGCAAGAAUUUAAGACUCUGGAGGUCACACUCCAGGAUUUCAGCAAGUUGAAUAAGCAAGAAAUCAGAUACCUGGGAAAGAUAUUCAGCUCUGCUAGCAGAUUGUAUGCUUACAAUCUAAGCCUCAGAUUGUGCAUGAAGAGGUAUGCUGGUGUGGCUCGAAGCUUUAGUUCUGUCCUCGGCACCCAUGAGAAUAAUUUUGUCACCAUGGAAGCCAGUGCCCUCACCAUAGAAGAGGAGCAGCACAUCACACCCGUGACAAACCUGAAAACUCUACGGCUGCCAGGAAUCCCUUCCAUAAGAUUCUGCAUGGUCACCGGGACUUCGUCUGGCAACUGCAUGCCCACAUCUUCACUUGGUAACAAUCAGCUAGAGCUUCCCGAGAUGUUCCUAUGCUCUGUGGACAAGAUACAUCAUCUCCGUGUGGGCACGGCACCCACCUGUUCUACUUCUCGUAAUGACAUUAUCUCCCUGGCCCUCGUUGACAUUUGA